AUGCAAACGGAAGAAUCCAAUCGCGCCAUAAUCAGGCUACUUACUGCUGCAAAGAUGCGGGUAAACGCUUUCAUGCACUUCCCGGCUUUGGAGUCACUUGAUUUCAUACUUACCUCCCUGCCAUCGAAAGAUCGUCGCGACUUCCAACGCAUUAUCACAGACAUCAUUAACACUCGCAUUUCUGAAGAGGACAAAGGUCAAUAUGAUUUAUACGCACUGAUGGCUGAGCAUACCAAGCCCGGUGGAAUCUACGAAAACAUACUUUGGAGCGAGGCUAUAUUUUUCAUGACCGCUGGUGGCACACCGCCGGCUACCGCUAUGAGCGCUCUUUUCUUCUAUCUAUCGCGUUUUCCGAAAUGUUAUGAGAGGCUAGCAAAGGAGAUACGCACCAAGUUCUCUUCAGGCCACGCUAUUCAGUCUGGCGCGACGCUUGCGUCCUGCAAGUACUUGCGAGCUUGUAUCAACGAGUCGUUGCGGAUGGCCCCCCCAUCACUUGCCACGUUAUGGCGGGAGCAGGCAGCUGACGACCUGCAACGCGGUUCAGAUCCAUUCGUCAUUGAUGGACAUAUCAUUCCACCUGGUACCCAAUUUGGGGUUAACCUCUAUGCGAUGCACCAUAACGAGAAAUAUUUCCCCGACCCAUUCACCUUCAACCCCGAUCGGUGGGUGAGUACUGACAGCAAGAUUGGCGAGAGUGAUGAAUCGGGCAGGCAUCGGGCGUUCGCGCCAUUCAUUGUGGGCCCAAGGUCAUGUGCAGGAAAGCCCAUGGCUUAUUCGGAAGUCAGCCUCGUCAUCGCCAAAACACUCUGGUACUUCGACUUCCAAAAGGCACCAGGACCUCUUGGAGAAAUUGGCCAAGGCAAUAAGUGGGAACAGAAUGAGAUUGGGCACGUCAAUGAGUUCCAAAUUCGGGAUAUGUUCAACGAAAACCAUCAAGGGCCAUACCUGACAUUUACUCCGCGCGAUAGCUUGCACCAUGAACUUCGGUCAUUGGGUACUUGA